AUGUUGACCGGCACGGAUCAUACAGGCUCGGAAGAGCUAGCAAUAAAAUCUACGAGGAUACGGCGUUUUCUUACCCUUCUCGCGCUCAAGACGACGGCCAAGUUCUUCAAGCGCGAUGGCUACUGCAUCCCUAUAUCAAGACACAAGAUCGUCAAGUCAGGCGCAUGGGUUCAUUUAACAGAGGCUGCAACCAUGAAGUUCGUUGCUGAGAAUACUUCUAUUCCAGUCCCCAAGGUCCACUGCGCGUUUGUCCACAAGGAUCGCGCAUAUAUCGUGAUGGAAAGGGUUCGGGGCGCCAGCCUAGCAUCGACUUUCAGUAAAUGCUCCGAGGAGUCUCGUGAGAAGAUAUUUGCCCAGUUGAAGGAUAUGCUACAGGAAUUAAGGGCACUAAAGCCUCCUGGUACAGGUGUGCACAGCUUUGCAGGUGGCUCCUUGUAUGACUCUCGAAUAGCGCGCUGCCAACCACGUUUUGGACCUUUCAAAACCAUCCAGGACUUCCAUUAUUGGCUCAGGGACGGCUUUGAGCCACCUGAAGAUCGGCCAAAGCAGAUAGAGCCUGAUGAAUGGCAGGAUCUCAAGGAUAUGGUGGAGAUGCAAGAUGGCCCCUGGCCAGAGCCCGUUUUCACUCAUGGGGACUUGAAUCCAUCAAACAUCCUCGUUGAAGGGGAAAAAGUCGUUAGCAUCAUCGACUGGGAGUUCGCCGGCUGGUACCCAUCUUACUGGGAAUAUACGGCUGCAUAUCAAGUCAUGUACACUAAGACACAGUGGCAAGGCUUAUUAGGUAACUUCCUGGACCCCUAUACCGAACAGCUGAAGAUGGAGAGAACCCGCCAAAGGUGGUGGGGAGAGAUAUGA